AUGGCGAACAGCAGUUCUGCACGCCCUAGAAGGCUCCCGCCUCUUCCUCUCGCACCCUUCACAGAGCGGAGACUGAGGGCCCUUGCAUGCGCGAUGCUCGACGGCGGGAGUAGGCAGCAGGCAGACUGGGAGUGGACCCGAGACGUCGUCGUCUGGUUGGAAGAAGAAAAAAUCCGAUUUUACCCGAGACACAAACGAGACGCGAUGCGAACUGCCACAGACAAGACCAAGUGGUGGUCCCUCAUGCUUCAAUAUUGCCGCGAUUUGGAGAUGCCUUUGGAAGCCGAAGGAUCCGUGGCACCACCGUGUACUUCCGAGACUCUGGCAGGUUUGCUGGACGUUCUGUCUUCGGUUGCGAUAGCGGACAUCUACCAGGAUUCUUUGGAAGCCUCUGAACUUUCGCUUGAUUCCUCGACUCUGAAGGCGCGUCAGGAAGAAGCCUCGCCUGCGUCGAGUGCGGAGGCCGCCGACGCCGAGCACGCGCGUGCAGAAACGGUGGAGGAAGAUUUGCGGAAAAUUCUCCAGCCUCUGAACGGCGUCCUUACGCACUUGCGGGUGCCCCUGCUUCGGGAGAAUGCCACAAAAGAAGAGAUCGUCUCUGCCUUAAAGGCGGUGGCUGUUCGCCAGACUGCGUCCCCUCCUGGGCACGAGGACAGCCUCAUGAAGCAUCUCGCGGUUGCUUGUCCCCUCCCUGUGGACCAUCCUGCCUUCUUCAAAGCCUUCGUCUGCGGCCUUCGCGCGCUGCACGUCGAACAUCUUCGCGAGACGCAAGCAGAAAUGAAUCAGCUGAUUGAAGCUCUCCAGGCUCUCACUGCCAAUCCCGUCACCGAUCACCGGCUCGGCCGCGUCGGCGUCUAG